CACAAAGUACCAAUUUUUUUCCAAUCACAAAUCAAGUCUUGUGCUGAUUUGAAAGCUUGUCGCUCGCUUUAGAUCCCUUCAAUUUUCGAAAGGAUCAACAGUUAAAGGAAAAUGGGGCUUUCAUUUGCGAAGCUUUUCAGCCGGCUUUUUGCCAAGAAGGAGAUGCGGAUCCUUAUGGUGGGUCUCGAUGCUGCUGGUAAGACUACCAUUUUGUACAAGCUCAAGCUUGGUGAAAUUGUAACCACCAUUCCCACCAUUGGGUUUAAUGUGGAGACGGUUGAGUACAAGAACAUCAGCUUCACAGUCUGGGAUGUCGGGGGUCAGGACAAGAUCCGUCCCUUGUGGAGACACUACUUCCAAAACACUCAAGGUCUAAUAUUCGUGGUUGAUAGCAAUGACAGAGACCGUGCUGUUGAAGCGAGAGAUGAACUUCACAGGAUGUUGAAUGAAGAUGAGCUGCGGGAUGCAGUACUGCUUGUGUUUGCCAACAAGCAAGAUCUUCCAAACGCAAUGAAUGCUGCUGAGAUAACUGAUAAGCUUGGCCUUCACUCUCUCCGACAACGCCACUGGUACAUCCAAAGCACAUGCGCAACCAGCGGUGAAGGGCUCUAUGAAGGUCUGGAUUGGCUUUCCAACAACAUUGCUAGCAAAGCUUGAGGUUAUCUCGACCAGAUAUUUUUGGUGAGGGGAUUGAAAGCUUCUUCUCCGGAGUCAACUUUAUCUCUUGUGGUUUAAGACACCUGAUUGAUUUGUUUCCUGUUGAACAUUUAUUAUGUUUCCUUUUUGCUUACUCUUCUUGAAUUUGAAUUCUUCUAGUCAUAAAGACAUUUUUUUUCCUUAUUAGAAACGGGUUAAAAAAAUUCA